AUGCUCUCCCUCAACACCAUCACCGGCCUCCUCCUCGCCGCCGCCGCCACCACAACCCCCGUCUCCGCCGCGGUCCUCCCCCGCGCAGGCACAGUCUCCAUCACCCCCCACGAGCAAUACUCCUCCUCCGUCGGCGUCCUCGGCUGCCUCAUCAACACCAACCGCGUCGCCUACUGGCCCAGCCCCCCGGACUGCAACAACCUCUGCGUCGAGCUCAAGUACCAGGGCCGCACCGUCCACGUCCUCAAGAUCGACCAGUCCGGCGGCGCAAACGACAUCUCCUACGACGCCUGGAACUUCCUCCUCUCCGGCAAGUCCGCCACCGAGAGCCCCCGCACCGGAGGCGGCUUCAACGUCGACUGGGCCUACGUCGGCAUGGACAAGUGCAAGGGCCUCCUGCACAACGGCAAGCUGCCCUUUGCCGCCGCCAACAGCAUGAACUUCAUCUCCGGCUGCCUCGGCCAGAAGGACUCGUGGGUCGCCAAGAACUACGAGCUCAUCAACAUUGUCGAUCCCGUCUGCCACUAUGGCUGGAACGAGGUCUGCAAGCUCAACCUCGCCGUCAGCAACCAGCCCAGCUGCCCCCACCAGCUCGGUGACCCUCACCAGGGCACUGGCCUGUCCGUUACCAACAUCCAGUACGGCACUGGCAAGCCCUACAAGGCCUAA